AUGGCUACAUUUUCAUCAGUAUCAUCAACAAAACCUGAUGAUUCUUCACUAGAUAAUAAUCAAAAUGUUGAUAAUGUUCAUUCAACUUUACCUGCUUCAAAUCUCAAUUCAUCUGAACGUAUUGUUACACCUAUGCAACCAAUUGUACAGCCUAGAACAGCAACUCAACAACAACCUACAGGUGGUUUUAGUUCAAGAUCAAUUUCGGCUAAUCCAACAUUUACAGCAUUAAAAGGAACUACUAUACAACUUGCUCUUGGUCAUCCACUUGCUUAUGUACGAGUAUUAAUGCAAAUGGGUUAUGAACCAUUACCAGCAUAUCGAGGAAAAACUUUAUUUGGCAAAGAAGCUGUUUUUUAUCCGAAUGUGUUUCGUUAUCUUAAAUAUGUUUAUAAUGCUGAUGGUUUUGUUGGUUUAUAUCGUGGUUUUGGUUGUUCGCUUUUAUCUAAAGUUGUUUGCUGGUAUACAACAACUAAAAUUGAUGAAGUUCUUGGUCCUGUUGAAUCUCGAGUACCGAAUGAUCAAGCAAAUUCACCAUGGAAUAAAUGUGUUCAAAAAACUUUACGUGAAGUACAAACACAAUCAUGGGGAAUUUUUAUAUCACAUCCUUUUCAAGUUAUGGCUAUUCGAUGUAUGGGUCAAUUUAUUGGUCGUGAAAAAGCAUAUUCAUCAAUAAAUAUAUUUCAAAAUUUUAAAGAAAUUUAUGAUCGUCAAGGAAUUGGUGGAUUUUUUGUUGGACUUAUUCCUCGAUGGUUACUUGAAAUUUCAACUAUUAUUAUAACAAAUGUUCUUAUUCAUAUACUCAGAACACAUUUACUACCACAAAAUGAAAUGAUAUCUUUAUACGAAUAUAUUGCUACUUUCAUAGCUCAAACAAUGACUUAUCCAUUGAGUGUCGUGACAACUGUAACAGCAAUUAAUCGAAGUGGACUUCGUGCUGGAAUGUUACCAAUGACACCAGUCUUUGCUAAUUGGCAUGAUGCAUACAGUUAUUUGAAAAAUACGGAACAAUUGAAACGUGGUUCUAGUUUAUUUAAUCGUGCUGUCCUUGGCACGAAUGGCCUUCCAACACCUGGUACACCCAUACCGAAUGCUUAA